GCUUUUCCACGUCACUGUGUUUACCAAGACCAGACUGACAGCCACUGCAGGGCGAUUGAGUUUUCUUAAUGGUUCGUCAUUUACUGUUGAUCGAAUGAAUCAGUGGUGCGUAUAAAAUGUAUGUCAUCAUGCUGUGGAAUGUCCCAAAAUUGUAGUUCAUCUAUAUGUUGUGGUGAACUGAACUACAAUCCUGGUCUUCUCCACUUACUGUUGGCCGGCUAGCUGCUAGCUUUCUCAUAGCUAGUUCGUCAGUUGCUUCUACGGAACUCCAUCUUCGAAGUAGAAGUAUCACUCACACAGAACUCAUCAUGGUGGACAAAAGUAUCUACAUUGUCCAGGGUGAAAUUUCUGCUGUUGUUGGUGCUAUCAAGAGGAACUCAAGAUGGAACACCCACACUCCCUUGGAUGAAGAACAGGAUCCAUUGUUGAACAGCUUUGGCCACCUGAAGGAAAUACUCAGCCACAUAAAAGAACUGUCAGAUGUUGAACCCAAUGUAUUCCUACGGCCAUUCCUUGAAGUUGUCCGCUCGGAGGAUACCACUGGACCAAUCACAGGCCUUGCCCUUACCUCUGUCAACAAGUUCUUGUCAUAUGGCUUAAUAGAUGCUAACCAUGAAGGUGCAGCUGAGGCCAUAGAGAACAUGGCAGACGCUGUAACACACGCCAGAUUUGUCGGAACAGACCCUGCCAGUGAUGAAGUGGUCCUUAUGAAAAUUCUGCAAGUCUUGAGGACACUGCUGCUGACACCAGUUGGAGCCCAUCUGACCAAUGAGUCCGUUUGUGAGAUCAUGCAGUCCUGCUUCCGAAUCUGCUUUGAAAUGCGGCUAAGUGAGCUACUCAGAAAAUCAGCUGAACACACCCUUGUUGAUAUGGUGCAGCUACUGUUUUCCAGACUUCCCCAAUUCAAGGAGGAGGCCAAAAGUUACGCUGGUGCCAGCAUGAAGAAGGCUUACAAUAUCUUAUGGAAAAACAAACGAGUGCAGUUGAAAAUGCGUGCAGGUGGGAUGAAUGAGUCAUCCAAAUGGAAAAAGCAGAAACGUUCACCAAAGCCACCUCGCCACACGGUGCGAAGUGCCUCUGCACAGGUGGACCCUACCCAGUCUACCAACCUCAGUAAUACCAACCUAUCUGGCGGAGUUGUCUUAACGGAGCAAAGGUGUUCACUACCAGCCUCAGACAGUGCUGGAUCUUCUGUCUCUAGUCCCACAACGACAGACAGUGGCCUCGACUCCUGCUCCAAAGCCACUUCUCGGGAGGAUCUCUCUGACCUGGAUCAGUGUAGCUUGUUUGCAACUACGCCUGGCAAUGCUAACCCACUCCUAGACACAGAUCCUGGCUCUCCAAAUGCACAGUCUGAGGAUGGCCCGGCUCAAUCAGCAUCAGUAGAGUCCAUCCCAGAGGUUCUCGAGGAAAAAGACUCAAUUACAGAACAUUCAAGUAACGUCUCUGUGCCUGACAUGGACUACGUCAAUCCCCGAGGUGUCCGAUUCACACAGUCCACACAAAGAGAUGGUGCAUCCCUCAUUCCCUAUGGUCUGCCAUGUCUAAGGGAGCUCUUCCGGUUUCUAAUCUCAUUGACCAACCCUCAUGACCGCCACAACACUGAUGCGAUGAUGCACAUGGGCCUGCAACUGCUGAAUGUAGCCCUGGAGUCUGCACACUUUGUCAACUACCAAUCUUUGCUUGGACUGAUCAAAGAUGAGCUAUGUAGACAUCUUUUUCAGCUGCUAAGCAUGGACCGUAUGAACCUCUAUGCUUUGUCGUUACGAGUGUGCUUCUUUCUCUUUGAAAGCAUGAGAGUGCAUCUUAAAUUUCAGCUGGAGAUGUAUCUGAAGAAACUGAUGGACAUAAUCACAUCAGAGAAUAUGAAGCUGCCCUAUGAAAUGAAGGAAAUGGCUCUGGAGGCACUGGUUCAGCUGUGGAGGAUCCCCAGCUUUGUUACUGAGCUGUACAUCAACUAUGACUGUGACUUCUACUGCUCAAAUCUCUUUGAAGACCUUACCAAGCUGCUGUCAAAGAAUGCAUUCCCUGUAUCAGGGCAGCUCUACACCACUCACCUGCUGUCACUCGAAGCUCUACUAACUGUGAUUGACAGCACUGAGGCUAACUGCCAAGCCAAAGUGCUAGACAACACCGCUCGCAAAGACCAGUCAGAAAAACUGCCAGUGGAGGAAGAAAAUGUGAUGAAAAAUGGAAUCGAUGCUACAACUGAUCUUAUUCAAGAAGGCAGUACAAAUGGCUUGAGUUUUCCUCUCGUGGAUCGUGGUCCAGGAUGCCCACCAACCAGUGGAAAUCUGAUGGCAGAAAAGAUGAAAUUGUGUAGAGAGGAUCAAGGAGAGUGUGACACCACUGACAAGAAGAUCUUGAAAAACCCUCAGCGUUUCUCAUCAAGUUUACCUGAUUCCCAAGAGUUGCUCGAAAUCAGAACAAAGAAAAAGCUGCUGAUAGCAGGAACAGAGCAAUUUAAUCUGAAACCAAAGAAGGGAAUCCAGUUCCUUCAGGAGAAAGGGCUUCUCAGUAAUCCAAUGGAUAACAACCAAGUGGCCCAGUGGCUUCGAGAAAAUCCCCGAUUGGACAAAAAGAUGAUCGGGGAAUUCGUCAGUGAUCGCAAUAAUAUGGAGCUCCUCGACAGCUUUGUCAACACGUUCGCCUUCCAGGGGCUUCGAAUAGAUGAGGCCUUGAGGCUUUACCUCGAGGCUUUCAGGUUACCCGGAGAGGCUCCAGUCAUCCAAAGACUUCUGGAAACAUUUACAGACAACUGGCAUAAAGUAAAUGGCUCUCCCUUCCUGACGAAUGAUGCAGGAUUUGCCUUGGCCUAUGCUGUUAUAAUGUUGAACACUGACCAGCAUAAUCACAAUGUCCGAAAGCAGAAUAUCCCUAUGACUGUAGAGCAAUUCAAGAAGAAUCUGAAGGGAGUUAAUGGAAACAAAGACUUUAACCAGGACAUGCUAGAGGAUAUCUACAAUGCAAUCAAGAAUGACGAGAUUGUGAUGCCAGAUGAGCAGUCUGGUUUAGUGAAGGAGAACUAUGUCUGGAGUGUGCUACUACAUCGCGGUGCUACAACAGAGGGGAUGUUUCUUCACCUGCCACCUGGCAGCUAUGACCAUGACUUAUUCACCAUGACCUGGGGUCCUACUAUUGCCGCCCUCUCCUAUGUCUUUGACAAGAGUCUGGAUGACAACAUCAUUCAAAAGGCCAUUACCGGCUUUCGGAAAUGUGCCAAGAUAGCAGCUCACUAUGGAUUUAACGAUGUUUUUGACAAUCUGAUCAUCUCGCUUUGCAAGUUUACCACUCUGAGCAGUGAGUCAGUGGAAAACCUCCCGACUGUGUUUGGGAGCAACGCAAAGGCACAAACAGCCGCCAAGACAGUGUUUGAUCUUGCCCAUCAGCAUGGCAACAUCCUUCGAGAGGGUUGGAAGAACAUCAUGGACUCCAUGCUACAGCUGUUCAGGGCCGAGCUCCUACCCAAAGCCAUGGUUGAGGUGGAGGAUUUUAUUGAACCAAAUGGAAAAAUCUCACUUCAAAGAGAGGAAACUCCUUCUAAUCGUGGGGAGUCAGCAGUGUUGAGUUUUGUCAACUGGCUGACUCUGAGUGGCGCUGAGCAGUCUGGAUUAAGAGGACCAUCUAUGGAAAAUCAGGAAGCAAAACAGGCUGCCAUCCUCUGCAUAAAGCAAUGUGACCCAGAGAAGAUGAUUACAGAGAGCAAGUUCCUCCAGCUUGAGUCUUUACAGGAACUUAUGAAGGCUUUGAUAUCGGUCACCCCCGAUGAUGAGACUUAUGAUGAAGAGGAUGCCGCCUUCUGCUUAGAGAUGUUACUGCGUAUUGUAAUGGAAAAUCGAGACCGUGUGUCGUGUGUAUGGCAGACAGUGCGUGAACACCUCUGUCACAUCUGCGUCCACGCUAACGAGAGCUGCUUCUUGGUGGAGAGGGGUGUAGUGGGACUCCUUCGUCUUGCCAUUCGCUUGCUACGACGAGAAGAUAUUAGUUCCCAGGUGCUCCUUUCCCUCCGUCUCCUGCUUAUGAUGAAACCCCAUGUUUUGUCCCGGGUCAGCAGAGAGGUGGCUUAUGGCCUUCAUGAGCUGCUCAAGACUAAUGCGGCUAACAUCCACAGUACAGACCAUUGGUACACACUCUUCUCACUGCUUGAAUGCAUUGGUGCUGGAGUGAAACCUCCUGCCUCCUUUCAGUUUACCUCUGCCAGUACGGACAUUGAAACAGGUGCCCAGUCAGAUAGUGAGUUGCCAUCCCAUCAUCCGAAUGAAGUGAGUUUAGAUCGCGGCUACACAUCUGACUCAGAAGUCUACACUGAGCACAGCAAGGCCCGAAUCCCUCGCUCCACAACAGAUGUGGAUGUAGCAAGCAGUGAAUGGCUGAUGGUUGGAAAAGAGGAUUUAGAAACCAAUAAGACCCCACUAGUAAGCUCCAAAUCUCAACUCAAUCAUCCCUUGGUCAACCAGUACAGUCUGACACUGGGUCAGGACCUUGGCCAGCAUGACACAAAGUCUCUCAUCAAGUGUGUAGAAACAUUGUCAUUCAUUGUCCGUGACGCUGCCCACGUCACACCGGACAACUUUGAGCUGUGUGUUCGAGCCAUCCGGGUAUUCGUGGAAGCUAGUCUCAAUGGAGGUUACCGCAACCAUGACAAGAAGAAGAGUCAUAAUUCUGCCAAGUCUCGUUUGCGGAAGAAAGCUGGAGCAAAGGAGAAAGAAAGUGGAAAUGGAACAAGACGAGGUGGAAGUCGAGCCUCCAGUCAACGCCCAUCACGUUCCCAUAGUGAUGAUGAGGAGGAUGAGGGUGUCCCAGCAGGUUACCAUACGGUGUCAUUACAGGUUAGUCGGGAUCUUUUAGACUUGAUGCACACAUUGCACACCCGGGCUGCCAGCAUCUACAGCUCCUGGGCAGAAGAACAGCGCAAUUUGGAGGCUGCUGGUAAAAAGAUUGAAGCUGACUCCCAGACACUGUGGACGAGCUGCUGGUGCCCACUGCUGCAAGGCAUUGCUUGGCUGUGCUGCGACGCCAGACGUCAAGUGCGCAUGCAGGCUCUCAACUACCUCCAGAGGGCUCUGCUUGUCCACGAUCUGCAGACGCUAGAUGCUACAGAAUGGGAGUCCUGCUUCAAUAAGGUGCUAUUUCCAUUACUGACCAAGCUGCUGAACAACAUCAGCCCAGCUGAUGUUGGUGGAAUGGAGGAGACCAGAAUGAGAGCCUGCACUAUCCUAUCAAAGGUUUUUCUGCAGCACCUUCUGCCAUUGUUGUCCCUGCCUACCUUUGCUGCCCUGUGGCUUAGCAUUUUGGAUUUCAUGGAUAAGUACAUGCACGCAGGAUCCAGUGACUUAUUGUUGGAGGCCAUCCCGGAGUCUCUGAAGAACAUGCUGCUGGUGAUGGACACAGCAGAAAUCUUCCGCAGCCCAGAUUCCAAGACAAAAUACUCGGAUUUAUGGGAAAUAACGUGGGAACGAAUCGACUGCUUCCUGCCCCACCUGAGAGAGGAACUCUUUAAACAGACCGUUUUACCAGUUCCUUCAGAACCAGUGCCCAGUCCUCCAUCUGAGGUGCAACCACCAACCCCAUCAGCGCGGCCUCCCUCUCCACAGGGCUCUUCGGUUCCAGCACUCCAACAACCGCCCCCCUCUGUGCCUGUGCCCGUAACUUCUGCAGAGCCUCGAACUCCCAGCAGGCCAGCAUCGCCCCAAGACACCCAAGCAGUCAAUGCCAAUGACCGAUCAUCUUCCCCAGUAUUGCCCCCAAUGCCAGUGCCAGCACCACCCCCCUACGCUCAAGUGUCCUCACCCUUGAGCCAGUCCCCUUUCAUCAUCCAACCGCUUGCCUCGCCGCUGCAGGUGGGGGUCCCACCCAUGUCCCUGCCAAUCAUCCUCAACCCCGCCCUGAUUGAAGCUACAUCCCCGGUACCACUGCUUCCUGGUCCCAGACCUACAAGCCCCUCUGACGAGGUCCAGUAGGAGCUCUGUUGGUCACUCGCUUGUCAAUCUGUGACUUAACUUCCAGAAGUCAGAUUCGUCACUUUAAGGUCUGCUGGGGAAUAUAUCUACAAAUCACGGCAAGUUGGCAGAUGACACUUCAUUUGUCACUCGUUCCACAGUCUGAAAGUCAACUAGUACGUUUUCCACUCUGGGAAUCUUCAUGGUGACUUGAGUUCGCUCACCGUUCAUCGAUGAGUUGCUAGUCAUGUUCGCGAUUAUACUCUUAAAUCGUUUGUUUUCUGACAGCCAAACAUGUUGCUUUAUGGACACUCCUGGAGUAAAAUAACAGUUUAAUUCAAAGGAAAUAUACUGUCAUACAAAAACUGUUGAACAUGUUAAAAAAAAAAAUAUAUAUAUAUAUAUAUAUAUAUA